AUGGGCAAAAAAGAAAAAGGGGAAAGGCUAGUCCGAAAAAAGCGUUUGGGAAGGGUGGUAAAGAAAAAGAAAGUCAAGAAAGUCAAGAAGGCUAAGUCCGUUCACUCGGACGACACCCUCCCCUACCCAAGACCGUCUCAUAACAAUGAAAAUGAUUCCACCUGGCCAAAUAAUCUAUCUGACACUUCCACCUCGGAUGAGAGCACCAUUGCCCAAAAUGAAAACAUCACGGUUACACCACCCUGGCAUCCUAGUGCUAACUUCACAAUGCCCAAUCCCGGAACAAGUGGUCCGCAGCAGGGGACACCUGUUGGGGCCCAAGCUAUGGGUGGGGCCCAAGCUAGUGGUUGGGCACCUAAUGGGAAUCAGAUGCCGCCGCAGGCACAGGGUUUUAUAUCACCAUAUCCAGCCUACAUACCUCAGCAACAUCCAGGACCACCACAUCCUCAUAAUAGCACAGCAAUGCAAAAGGGAGGUCCACAUCAUCAGGGGCCGUAUAGCUGGCCUGGCCAAAUGCACCCGCCCACACAAGCUCCAUACUGGUGGGAAAUGGGGAAUCAAAUCUUACCCCGCCCGCAGCUGUUCAACCAGAACAUGGACCCAACUGCAAGAUUUCAUCCAUACAUGUCCCAAGGACAUUUCACGGGGGGGCCUAUUGGACUUCAUCAGGGUCCACCAACACAUUAUGUACAGGGUCUGUAUCAGCCAUCAGGGCAAUAUCCAUGGGGUCAGCCCUCAUCUUUCACAAAGGGUAAUAUCAUUCCUGAAAUGCCAAUGGUUGACACGUCGUCGUCAAUGUUGGACACUAUAUCAACCAACAUAAAGAAUAAAAUUUGGAACAAUGAGUUCAUUGAACUCGCGAAAUUACUUGAAGAUGACGACAGUGACGAGGACGUGUCUUCCAAUGUGACAGAAGUAUUGGUAAAAAAUGGAAGGCAAAUAUACUUGCCAAACAAGAAAGUAAAGAAAUAUCUAGUCUAUCCUGAAUGGCAGAGGGCCUUUUUGAUAUUCAUCAAAAUAUACACCCAAAAACACCCCUGGGAGGCCGGAGAUCUGGCGUCAUAUAUGGCUCUUAUACACAAAUUGAAACAAAAAAUCCGUAACUGGGGGCGGUAUGGCCGUCUCUUUAGAAAGGCUAAGGCUAACAGGCCAUGCUCUUGGGCAGCUCUUGACCAAGUGCUGUAUUACGAUUGUUUGAACUUGCCUACUGGAGGUCACCAGACGGGAUGAAAAAGUUAAAAAGUCCUGGGGGGCGGGCAAAAAACAGGAGGGUAAUGCCCCAGUGGGAAAAGUAAAGGGUAAGCAAAUACCAUACAUUCCACCGGGGCAUUGUUGGAAAUUCCAUAAGGGCCAAGAAUGCGAUGGCAAAGAUGAUUGUAAAGGCAGCCAUCAUUGCCCUUAUCACAAAACUUCAACACACCCUGCAAUAACUUGUCAAGAGGCCCUCAAAAAGCCAUUUCGGCCCAGAAAGAAGGGGGACUCAAACUAAAGUAAAAAAGAGUAGCCAUGAACAUGUUACUAUAAAGC